AGGUACCUUACCUUACACCUCAUGACGUAGGCGUGGUUACAGAUCGUAAUCCCUCCCACCUGCAUCGUGUAAAUUAAUCCCAAGGUCCAGGUUGCACAUGCAACUGUUUCAACAACACCCGUCCCGACUGGCAAGUCAACAGCAGCAACACACGUACAACCAGAUACCCACCAAAAGUCGGCAGCAUGUUCAACGCGCUCAACCGGUUCAUAUCACGCCUCGAUGGCGAACCAGCACCGGCAGCCAGGGAGAAUCACGGGGCGUUUGGGUUCCAGGUGCUGCGCAACACGAACCCGCAGCUGGCCAUCGAGCCAUGGUUCGACUUUGUCGUCGGCAUCAACGGGCGCAUGAUUGACGACUCAGACCCCAGGCUGUUCGCCCAGGAGGUGCGCAACUGCGCCGGCAGCUCUGUCAUGCUCGGACUCUGGAGCGCAAAGGGUCAACGGACACGAGCUCUGCACAUCCCCGUCCCCGCCGACACAGCCUCGCUCGGCCUGACCCUGCAAUGGACGCCGCUCGCGGUUGUCUCCAACAUCUGGCACGUCCUCGACGUGCCUCCCAACUCCCCUGCCGACGUCGCCGGCCUGCUGCCCUACAGUGACUACAUCCUGGGUACCCCAGAGGGCGUUCUGCACGGCGAGGGCGGGUUGAGCGAGCUGGUGGAGGACCACAUCGGCCGCCCGCUGCGCCUGUACGUCUACAACAACGAGUACAACGUCACGCGCGAGGUGACGAUUCAGCCGAGCCGCGACUGGGGCGGCGAGGGCGCGCUGGGGUGUGUGCUUGGCUACGGGGCGUUGCACAGGCUGCCGGCGCCGCUGAGCGAGCCGGUGCAUGCGCCCGGCGAGACCAUGUUUGACGGGGAUUUGGCGGCAGCGGCGGCAGGGCAGGCCGGGUUCAUGCCUGCGGCGGGGGGUGUUGUUCCGCCUGUCGCUGCAACACCGCCGCCCCCGUCGUCAUCAGCGGAUUUCCUGGUGCCGGCGCAGAUGGUGGAUGCCCAGACGGCGCCGGUCAGCGCACCACCGAGAAGCAAGAAGAAAGAGCGGCCUCAUCAUGGGGCGCCGAAUCUUAUGGAUGAUUACUUCAAGGAGCAGGAAAAGAAGAGCCGGGAGCUUGAUAACGCGCCGAGCCGGACCAACUCGCCGUUGCCGCCGCCGCCGAAAGGAGGGCCGCCUAGGGGAGGACCACCUAGAACUGCGAGUGUGCCGCCGAAGGAAGAAGGCGGAGAGUGACCGCUUGAAAACCUGAACCUCGAAUUCCCUAACCCGUUUUCUCUAGCGAAGUUGCUUCUUAGAGGUCCCGCCGGUAGAACUCCAUCGUGGCUAGAUACAAACAGUCCCGGAAGAAAAAUAAGCAGACAGACAAGCCACGCCCUCUCUUGAGAACACAACCCCAUCCCCAACCCACCAUUGGCUUAGUUGAUGAAAUUGACGCAGAAGAAGUGCAAGAUCAGACUGCAAACGACGUAGUCGGCGAAGGCCCUGUCCAGAUAUCAGCCACGCCGUUCCAUUUGCCCUCCGCCGGAAACCGGACAAGACUUA